AGUCGCGCGUAUUUCUUGCGUUUCUGAACUCCCAGCAUUUUUAGUUUCUUCCUCCGUGAAGCUUUCGGGCCGAGAGGAGCGUUCCAGGACAAAACGCUCGUGUGAUCAUUCCGUUUCGCAAAUAUGACUGAGGCAGAAGUAAAUCCUAAAGCUUAUCCACUUGCUGAUGCUCAGCUAACCAAGACGCUGCUGGAUCUUGUACAGCAGUCCUGUAACUACAAACAGUUACGUAAGGGGGCCAAUGAAGCCACUAAAACCCUGAACAGAGGAAUUGCUGAAUUCAUUGUGAUGGCUGCAGAUGCUGAGCCCCUUGAGAUCAUCCUUCACCUCCCACUACUUUGUGAGGACAAGAACGUGCCCUAUGUGUUUGUACGCUCCAAGCAGGCCCUGGGCCGGGCAUGUGGUGUUUCUCGGCCUGUCAUUGCCUGUUCCAUUACUAUCAAAGAAGGCUCACAGCUGAAGCCUCAAAUUCAGUCUGUCCAACAAGCCAUCGAGAGACUAUUGGUCUAAAUCUGACUAAACAAAAGUAACUCAAGGAGAAAAUGAAUGUUUAGUUUAUAUCAAUUUUUUGUUUUAAGUCUUGACCUUUGUACAGUGUUUACUUCUAUUAGUAAUAGAAGUUGUCUACCAGAGCAGUCUCUUCUCUCUGCCUCUGUCACUCUUUAGACCGUUAACAAGAGAAUACUCAGUCUUUUCCCUCUGAUGCAAAACUCUACAGUGAGAUUUAACUAAGUCUACUCCUUUUUGACAGUGAACUAGCUUCAUUUGGAGAUGGAUUUGGAUUAUAGUAAAUACAAAGCAUAUAAUGUUCUGGCCAAUAUGGGGUUGGCUUACUGAAAGUGCUUUAAUCUAUUGCAUCCCUUGUCUGUAAGUGAGGGGCAAAUUCCUAAUCCUGAUGCAGCUUGAUAUCAGAACCGUGUAAGAAAGAGAAUCUGAAAUCUAUGAUGCCAAGUGGCUUUAACUUUUUAAUAAAUUACAAAUAAUA